GACGCUUUAUUUCACACUUUAUUUCAGGCUGUGACUUUAUAUUACUUUAUGCUGUCCCUUCAUUGAUGACUUUCCUUCAUGUAUUGAGGAUGAUGCAGGUUGGAGGGGUUGUGAAGACAUGAGCACACCGAGCAGACGUCGAUGGAGUCCUCGUUUAACGCCGUAGAGCUCCGGGAGCUGAGAGGCGGAGGAGCCCGGAGAGGUGUGUCUCCGACGCCGCCCUCUGCGCCCUGGGUAGCGGCCACAGCGGGCUGCGUCGUCCGGGGCUUCGAGAACGCCUCGUACCAGCAGGACGACGAGCCCGAACACCAGCAGCAGCAGCAGCAGCAGCAGGGGGCGACGGUGUCGGCAGGAUGUCCGCCCUCAACUUCAGGCAACGACAAACAGCAUCAGGAGAUCUCUCCACGGUCGUACGAUGAGGAGGAAGGAGGUGGAGGGCAGGAGGACGGCCAGGACUUCACUGAGUUCAACCCUGCCGACGACCACUCUGCAGACUAUGGCUUCAUCUUCGCCCUGGUGUUUCUGGUGAGCGGGAUCGUCCUGGUGGUCAUCGCUUACACCAUCCCCCGAGAGGCCAAAGUUGACCCGGACUCCGUGUCGGCCCGCCAGAUGGAGAAGCUGGAGAUGUACUACGCCCAGCUGGGCUCCCACCUGGACAAGUGCAUCAUUGCAGGCCUCGGCCUACUGACCCUAGGGGGGAUGUUCCUGUCUGUGCUGCUCAUGGUGUCCAUCUGCCGGGGUGAAAUGUACCGACGUCGGGCGGCAUUCGUUCGACCCAAGAGGACUUACGGCUCCAUCAACCUGAGGAUGAAGCAGCUGGCAACUGGAGAGGCAGGAGGAGGCGAGGGCGGGGACGGAGGUGAGGAGUUUUUGGUGGAACAGGCUGAAACUCGGAAUAAUAUACAGCCAGAUCCAAAUCGGGACUCCAAAUCAGAACCAGGACCGAGCCGGGGGCAUCCUCCAGCUGCUUCCUCCUCCUCUUCUUCAGCUGCUGCACAUGGAGUGGACUAGUUCUUUAUUUUCACUCUGCAGCUGUUUUGCCUUCCUCUCAGUGAGCAGAAUAGGGGUUGCAAAAUGGUGCAGGACCCCAUUUGUGCUGGCAGGAGAAGCACAUGUUGAGCACAAGGCUCUCUGCUGGAGCGUCCCAGCUUUAACCCGCUAUUUUGGGAUGAACCCAAACCCAGAUGACGGGAUAUUUAUUCUAACCAAUCAUAAGGGAUGUAUUACUUAACAAAAGAGGGCUCGAUCUGGCAGAAGAAGAGAGGUAAGCAUUUGCCAGUGCGGGAAAAGAGCACAUGUGAAGAUGAGUGGUUGUAAAGAUUACAGUUCGUAUAUAAAUCCUCGUAUGUUAAUCAGAGACUGAGUUUUACAAGAAAAGAAAGCACAUUGCGUCCGACAGCCUGGGAGAACGUAAGAUUACUUUAUUUAUGAAGUCCAGUGUUGAUACUUGUUCGUCAGCUGGUCAAAAGAGGUGCGACAUUUAUACGCCAAUCACAAGAUUCACCUCAGACAUUAAGCAUCUGACGGAUAGGAGUGUCUUACUGGACUGUCUGAAUAAAGUAGUAUGGAAAAUGUGAUGCUAGCUCUCGCACAAAUAAACAGAGGCAACGUUUUUAAAAGUAAUAUUUCUCUCUGGUGUGACAUUUACACCCACCACCAGCACCAGCAACAAAUGGAUAAUAAAAGAAUGGAAGAUAAGCUGUAAAAUAAUCCGAAAACGGGACCCAAACUGUGUCACCAUUGGCUUGCAACUGUCGUGAAAAAUAGUCUCUAAAAUGUCUUGAAAGUGAUCAAAUCCAGUGAAUAACUUGCUGUAAGGUUAUAUUUCUGGAGCCAUUACCCCCCCUUGUUGUUAAAAUUGCUUAACGCAGCUUUAACAUUUACAUUUCAAAGUGAUAAGCUUUGUUUUUUUUCCUGAAAUUAUCUGAUGAGUGCAAUAACAUGAUCAGACUAAAUACAGUAAUAGAGAAGUUGGAGGGGAUGAAAACAGGAGAGGGGUGUUUGACUGAGUGACUGAUGUGAGUCACUGUUAAGAGGCUGACACGCAUUACCCAGAAAGCAUUCCAUCAGCAGUCCAAGAGCUCUUCUACACUCUUACCUGAUUUGCUGCUGUUAGCUGGUAAUCAUUUCUAUCCUUCACUUGAGGUUUUUCUGUAUUUUUUCCUCUCCAACACAUUUGGGAUGACAAAGAUUUUGACACUGCGUCUUGGUUGCAAAUCGAUUUUCCUCUCAUCACAGUGAAAUCUACAAGAGGCUGACCGUGUAUUCAUCACACGAACGUCUCAACAUGCAGGAUAAAAAUCAAUUUUUUGAGCAACCAUAUUGGAUCAUUUAGUUGGAAUAUGUGUUUGAAGCCGAUUCUCAGACAGCUGGAAAGUAUGUGUAAUUUCGCAAGUGACAGAAACCAGACGAGACAAUCUGUGAAGUGAAGGCGUGAAAAUCAAGUCCGCAACAGUUUCUCACUCGACAGAGUUAUUUAACACUUUCACUGCUGGUGGCUGGAGGACAUAGAUUUACACUUCUACGUGAACAUGAAAUGCUGCUUUCAGUGAACGCAGGAUAACAACUGAGAUCUCACAAGUAUUUUGUCAAAUGUAAAAAUCUCGUUACCCAAAACUGGUGCCUCGUGCUUACUAUGUAGCGUUUUCUGCUAGCAUCACUUUCCACAUCAUCAGAGAGCGAGUCUCUGUGACAGGCUGCAGGUGACUAUCCAUGAGCAGCAGCUUCUUUUAAAAAUACGUAUGAAUGAUAUUUAUCUGACAUUUAAAGGUCCUGAGUGUUUAGUAGUCAGUAAAUCUAGCCCGUGCUACAUGCCAGUGUCUGCUGUAAUAAGAAAACCUCACAAUUCUAGCUGCAGUGACUUCCUGGUCACAUUUUUUCAAACCCAAAUUGACAAGAAAGAAAUUGAACUUAAAAAUAAAAUUCAGAGCUGUUGUUGAAAAGCAAAACAGAUAAUUUAAUUGAAAAAACAAACGUGGUGUCUUCUGGGUGAUGUUUUUCUAUCUGACUGCAGCUCUUAUUCCAGAAGAGAAGCUGGUUUUGAGUGUAAUGAACCUUUAAUGAGACAGCGCUUACUUAUUUGUAUCAUAUGUAAACAAAUGUUAUUUAUGUCUUGUAAGGGUACAGUAUGCCUUAAUGAGUAAACACAGACACUGUAAAUUGUGUAUACCCAAAUAUUAUUAUGCUCAUGUAUUAAGGUGUGUAUAGUGAGGCAAUUAGCCAAGGGUAAUGUAGCUACACACAGACACACACACACAGACACACACAGAUGCACACAUAGAUACACACCAACAUAAAAUGUCCUCAUAGGUCCGUGGUCCUCACAAGCCAGGUUACUUGUGAAGACGUCUUGAGUCUGCUGAUUAUUAUCCACACACACUGACAAACUUACCCGAAUCUGUUUAUUAAAAUAUGUACCACAUUUAUAUUUCACAGUACAAAUAUACUGUAAAUACUUCAUGUAGACGUGUCGGAUGUAGAGGACCAGCAAAAGCUAACGCUCACAAACCAAAUACGCAACGCAGGUAUGCAAAAUUGGAAAACCUCAUCACAGUUGGACCGGUUCAAUUCUUUUUUCUGUAAGCAGCUUAAAAAAAAAACCUCAGCGGCCUCUGAACGACAGUUUGAGCAACACGAACAGAACAAAAGGAGAAACUGAGAACAGGAACAACAGCUGAACAAUAAGUGCUUCAAUACUGAAUAAUAAUUAGACAACAAAAAACUGACAGGAAACAAAAAUAAUUCACGAAAAUCAAUUGAUUUGUGUUAUCGAUUCAUCUUGCAGCUGCAAUUACUGUUUUUAAAUUGGGGAUUCAUUUUUUAGUUUAGAAAUGAUCAGAAAAUAAUGAAAUCAAGUCAAGUCGAUCUGAUUUGGCAUCUGAUUUAUAGUUAGCAGUGUACAAGUUUUUUAAUUAAUCACUCAAAAAUAAAUAAUACUACACCAAACUUGCUAAAAUACUCUGCAGGAAACUGAGAAAUCAUGUAAUUUCUCAGUGAAUUAAUUUUCUUCUUGCAGCUGUAUUAAAAACAGCUGACAAUAGUUUUGUCCAGAUAGAUAUUUAGACAUAUUUUAAAUCCAUAUUGACCAGUACUGUAGCUCAAAGUCUGUUCUGUUACUGGUCAGUCACAAGUUCAGUCUGUCUCUGCUGAAGUGUCCUUGAGUAAAGAAAAGACUUGUUGGACAAGUGAUGGACAAUUUUAUAAGACUGCUUCCCACAAGAAAAACAACAGCAUCUGUCGUUUCAGCAAACGCCCAAAAAAACCAAAACAUUUUACCAGCGCUCUCUAUCUGGUGGUCAUUAUUCGUAUCGGGUGAAGUAAUCACGGAGCCAUAAAGUCCACAGACAGAUGAAGUGAGGCGACGUAACAGCCGGCCUUCGUCGCCGCUCGUCGUUCCUUGACGUCAGUUUGGUGCAUCAGGGCUCUAAGACUGAUUUUAAUCAGUUUUAUCAGUAUGUGUCAUUGUGAUGCAUUUUGUCUUUCAAUUUCUUUGCUUAAUGUGCGACGUGAAUCAUGCAGCCUUUGCCGAUGUGCAUCAUUCCUUCCGUCCAACUUGAAGAGAUGUGAACUCACGUCUAUACUCAUUGACUUUGUAUGUAAAAAAAAAAAAAAAAAAAGCCCUUUGCGUUUGGUCUUAUUGCUACAUGUGUAGAAACUAAUUUAACUGAUUUGAUGUAAUGUGACCACCAGAUGUUUCAGGUCUCAGCAUUCAGCUGUGGUUGUUGCUCCUCCACCCAUGUUUACUCCACUUUACACAAAUGUGGAUUUUCUGACUCAGCAGGUCUGACAUGAGCAGGCAGUGAACCCAAGCAAGAGUUCAGACUGUCCCUUUAAAAACCUGUGAGUGCUCUAUCUGCAUUUUCCCUCAGUUUCUGGUUUCAGCCUCUAUUUUAGGUUGAGCAGCAGCAGCAGCAGCAUAGAAAAUGAAGCACACGCAGAAACGUCUGUAUGGAAAUGUUACCAUGUGUUCAUACACAUAAAGAUGAUUUAUACAUCCAGAGUGAUGUAUAAUGAGCACUACAGGAAUCUGCUUCAGUUUCUAACUGCAGCCAGAAGUAAAUCAUUCAAAGGUCAAACUGUCUCUGUGAUUUCAGUUUGUUUGAGAGACGUCUUUGGAGACAGAAAUAAGACGUGAGAGGGGAGGUGGGGGGUGAGGUUUCUGUGUGAGUGGAGGAGAUAAAAAGAUGUGGGAGAGCCGAUAGGAUGCAGCAGAGACGCUUGGAUGACGUGAGGUGAUUCUUGAAGAGAUGGAUUUUCAGCUCGCGGGGGAGGACAGGGAGUGACUCUGCAUGAAGCUAAAAACGACGCAUUCAGGCUUCCCAGAACAAAAAAAAAAAAAAAAAAAGACGAACAGCUCAGCUUAAGAUUUUGGGAAGCAUGAAAAAGCUGUCUGACACCGAUUCUUGUGGAGAGACGGAGCGAUUAGGUCUGUUUCAACCUGCAGGUCCUCAUUAGUGUGGGGAACUACACUGCAGCAUGACAGAGGGACUGAUUGUUGCCGCUGGAUGGCUUCACACAGGUUGGACGCAGAAAGCUUUAAAAUGGGUUUUAGAGUGAGUUCAGUUAGACGCAUCGAUGGAUAGAAUCGGGUCAAAGAGAGCAGACAGAAAGACUGAGGAUUGCUUUUGUGGGGAAAAAAAACAACCCAAAAAAGGCUUUGUGUAAAGCAUUUAGUGUCUCUGGAGGGAGCUGUGUGAAGUCUGAUAAACAUCCUCGAGUGAUUCACUUGAGUCAGCGCCAGUUGAAGUCUACACAUUUGAAAAUUACCCAAAUUUGUUGGUGUGGAGUUGAAAGGAAAUUUGCUUUCCAGAACUCUGUAGCUGCUCCUGAUGUGGUUUGGUGGAGGGAUGACUUAUUUUUUCCAAACCCCGGAAGUUAGCAUCGCCCCUGGUUCCCCCGACAGAAAGCCUUUUGGGAUUUUUGAAUUCGAUUUGGGAAUAUCGCAGAAAAUAAACACAAACAUGUCCUGCUACACCUUUGUUGCUGCUUUUUACACUAGACAAACUUGCACACAAUAAAAAUCUGUCUGAUAUCUUGUAACACUCGACAUCAGACUGUCUCACUGCAGCCGUAAGCCCAUUUUUCAGACCCUUUUCUCAUAAAACUAAAGUAAGAAAUGUAGUUUUCUCCAUUUCAUAUGAAAUUUUGUCUGUUGUUGUAUUGCUAGUUUUUAGAUAUGUAGAUUUUAUUGCUACUUGCAGUUUAUUUUUUAAAAUUUUGUAUGGUUUGAUGGAGCUUUUUAAUUUCUAUUUUAGACAGUGUAGACUGGGGAAAAGAGAAAUAUCACACAGUAUCAUGCUGCCCUACCAGACUAAAUAAUGGCGCCACGUCAAGUGGCAAGUUUCAAACACGGCUGUUAGGAAUAGAGUUUAGAAAGUGAAGUUAUAAAGUUUGUUUCCCAAAAUGCCAACGAUGAACCCAGAAUGAAAUACAUGAACGGACGUUCGCUAGAGAUUAGAAGAGAAGACGACGGAGACGGAGGAAGGACAUGUUCGUCUGGAGCCUCUGAAAAGAGCAAAACAAUGUUUCUGUUCCUCUGUGACGUGUUUGAAUGUCAACAGCGAACACGAGCCCCUUGGCCAAAGAUACGGAGAAAAUCAAUCUUUAUAUUGUCUGCGGCACGAUGACUCUGUUACCAUAGAAAUAGUCUAUUUAUAUCAAGGGCAGUCGGUGUAGCUGUUCUCGUGUGUCAUGGAAAGUCCUUGUGAGGACAUGACAGAGGAGACACUGUUAGAAACUCCUGAUUGUGUCCCCGAGGAAGAAAUAUAUAUGCCUGAGGAGCCAGUGUGGGACUAAAUCUUAUUUUUAGUACCAAAAGGUGCAACUUAAAACUUAAAUUCACACCAAAAUGUAGCUGUGUAAUGAGAACAUGCAGCAGGAAAUCUUGAGGAGAAGGCAGAGUAAUAACUCCGCCAUGAUAAAGACUGAAACUCGGCAUGUUCUUGAUGAAGUGGUUAUAUUAGAGAGAGUUAUUUACUCUCAAAGACACAGAACGUAUGAGCUUGUUGGCCGUUGGUUGAAGUCUUGAUCAAGUGCAGUUUUGUGGCUGAGACACAGUCAGAGUCGUCUCCGUCAGUUCUGUGAUGUCGGCCCGAAGACACACUGAACCCAGAAAUACGUGCUUCAUGUCUGUGCUGCUGCUGCUGAAACUGCUGACGGUGCUUUCACCUCAGUGUCUUUGCUUCACUUGUGUCCCUUCACUCUUUGCAAACAUCUGCUCCAAAUAGGACACACGGGAUGUAGACGAGCACGUAGAUAAAAGAGAGACGCUCGAGAGACGAUGGCUGUUUCUGUUUUUUCUUGCAGUGGCACCAGUAAUGAGUGUCCUCCACGUAAACUCUCCACGUCUCCCUCCUCCACACUGGGGAGGGUCAGAGGUCAAAGUUUGCAGCAGCAGUGUUCCCGCUGCUGCUUGUGAUUCUGUGCUUUACUCAAGGACACUUCAGCAGUGUGCAGGGUUUUUGACCCUGAGCUCAGCCUCAUUAAUCACUACACAGCACGCUGCUUCAGAAAAAAAAAACAAAACAGAGAAGGUUACUGUCGCUGUGAAACAAACUCCAACUAAAAUAUAACCUCAAACACGCAGCCGUUUACACCUGAAACCCUCCAGAAAACACUCUUCACAGGCUGGAGCUGGAUGCUUCCCUUUAUGUACAGAUAUAAUAUGCACAGAUGUAACACACAGCCGUAGCAUUUUACUCAGAGACUCAAUGAAUGUACAAAUUAAUGCUGUUAACGCAGGAGGUGGCGCCAUCGCAGCAGCAGCAGCGUCACGCAAUACAUCACGAUACCUGUCGGGUCACACGGUUCGGUUCAAACAGUCGAAACACUGUUGUAUAAACAUUCCUGCUCUUUUUGUUUCAAGUCUGUCUUAAACGUACAGAGUUACAGAUGUAUAUUUAACAAGACGAAGCGAUAUUUCUCUCAGGCGGAACAUUUGUAGGAUGAACUUCCACCGACCGAGGAAUCUGUCACCGUGGUCACCAUCUGGCUUUUUAAUCUGAAAUUAUAUUAAAGCACCUUCACAGAUCAGUAAAGUCCAAACAGUACAAGCUCUGAAAUGUACUCAGAGCAUCACAGUAAAAAGUUUCCCUCUUUGUGGUCAAAGCUAACUGAAGCUCAUGUCAUAUUGAAAUAAUUCAAAGAGUAUUAGAUGUAAAAUCAGUUGCAGUUUCUCCCAGCUGUUCCUGAACGCACCACAAGGCUGCUUGAUUGUUGAGUCUCAUUCGCAGGACGUCAAAUAGCCACAUUUUGGGUUGUUGAAGCAGUUUAGAGCAGCAACAAAGUGAAAAAAUAAGAAAAUCCGGUCAGAGGGCUGCAGGGUUUCUGCAGAUACGAGACACUAACACGCCUUUUCUCCACAUUCCAGUCUCCCUGUUUACUUCUUGUUAUAUCUUUUACGUCUUCUUACGUCUUUGUUUCGUCUCGCUACGUCUGCCGUGUGUGAUGUCCACUGUUAGGCAGUGCUCGCCACCUGCAUGCACACUGCCAACCUAACAGUUCUUCGCGUUGGUGAUUUGAAGAUGUUUGAUUGGUUGGAGGGAAGUCUGUGAUCAGUUAUUACACAAUCACGAAAAGUACUUAUAAGAAAACUACAGCUAAAAAAUGUGAUCCAGUUAUAUAUUUACAGAUGCUAAAACAAUAAGUCCAAGAGCAACAAUAGUCGAGUUUCGAGUUUCUUGAAAAGAGAAAGAAUCCUCUUGUGUCCUAGCGAAUGUCAACAAUAAAAAGUAAGCCUCUAAAAAAAGUGAACAUGGAGAAAUUUAAUAAUAGAUGUGCCGUCUGAGAUCACGUCGCCUGAGGUCGUCCGUGUGUUCGCAGCGCUGCCUUCAAAAUAAAAGCAGGGAAGAGCAGCAGGAAUGAGAAGGUGACAGAUUCCUCGCGGCAGUUUGUGUCAGCAGACGACUGCCUCUGAAUUUAAAUGUGAAAAAGAUCCUCCGGGUGAAAUAUCGCUUUCAGAAAAACCAGAAUGAAGUGACGCGUAUUAUAAAGUCUAUGAAAUGUAAUGAAGAAAAGAAUGAAGAAAAAAAAAAUGAUUACGUGGCCUGAGGAAGAAAUUGUGUGUUUGUAAAUCUUUUUGCAAUCGAUAUAUACGACAAUGAAAGUAAGAUUUAGCACAGAAAACAAACAAAAUGGACAUUAAAGGGAUACGUCACUUGUUAGACCGUCAGCUGGUAGAAGUGUUUACAGAGAAAAAACAAAAUGAUUCUUGAUAUAAUGUAGAGAAAAGUGACAUAUCCCUUUAAUCUGAGUGAUAACCAGGGUCUCUUAACUGCUGUGGAGCAGAUGGGCUUGUCUUGAUUUGGCUCAGAUGUUCAACUAUUUAUCUAUUGUUGUUGAUGACUUAUUCAGCUUCAGUUUGGUUUCUCUUCACAUUCUGGAUGAAAAUGCAAAAACACAUUUUUUUGGUGAAAUUAUGAGCCUUAAAUAUUGAUUAAUUAAGAAGCCCUUUUACUCUCAGAACAAACAGAACCGUUAAAACAAAGAUUAAUCCAUCUCUACAGAUGUUGAAGAUUCGUUUAUCUCGUUGUUUUUGUCCUUCCUGAUUACAGAACAAUCAGAAUCUAAUCGAGGUGGAUUGAUCGGCCCCCUGGUUGGCUCUCCGGUGUGUUUUGUGAAGAGCACAGUUAACGUGUGUACAGUGUAUAUCUGCCGUUUGUUGUUUAAAAAUCAUACCAUGUCACGAUCGGACACGUGUGAAUUUGUGACGAUCAUCCGUUAUCCUUUUACAAAGAUUUUUUUAGAAAGCCUCCUUCGUCUUCUCCGGAAGACGGCUCCGUUUGAAAUCUAAUGAAGAUGAAUGUAGGGAGUUCUAAAUGUUCUAUAUCUAAAAAAUAAUCUAACAUAUGUGAAUUUUUCUUUCAUUAUUAUUAUUAUGUCAUCGUUUGGAGAAACAGGCCCAUCUCCUGUUGGGUUUUUUUUCCACUCAUGGUUUGAAAAUCUGCUGCUUUGUGUGCUUCUGGAGGGCCGGUGAACCUGCAUGUUGUUAGUGUGGCGCUGUAAAGGUCCGAUGCCUUGUUCCUGUACAUACUGAGGAGCUGUAAACUGUACGUAAACGACGACGCUGAUUUUUAAGUCUGAUUUUGUUAACGUGACCAAUAAACUUUCUGUUUUUGCUGUUGUUUUUAA